AUGCAUCUCUUAUCUGUCGUUGCGUUGACCGCAUCCCUCGCCGCGCCAGCUCUUGCAGCACCAGCGCCGGCUAUUACCCCUGCUCCCGAGGCCGCUGUGGUCAAGCGAGCCACCAGCUGUACCUUUUCUGGCUCGGCCGGUGCUGCUUCCGCGAGUCAGUCGCAGGCAGCAUGCGCCACGAUUGUUCUGAACAACGUUGCCGUCCCCUCUGGCACGACGCUGGAUCUCUCCAAGCUUGCUGACGACACCACUGUCAUCUUCGAAGGCACAACCACCUGGGGCUACAAGGAGUGGGCUGGGCCUCUACUCUCCAUCGCCGGCAACAAGAUCACCGUCAAGGGCGCCACGGGUGCAGUGCUCGACGCGGAUGGCGCACGUUGGUGGGACGGAAAGGGUGGCAACGGCGGAAAGACAAAGCCAAAGUUUUUCGCCGCCCACAACCUCAAGACUUCGAGCAUCACCAAUCUGAGCAUCAAGAACACACCCGUCCAGGCUGUGAGCAUUGCCGGCUGCGAUGGGCUGACAAUCACCGACAUGACCAUCGACGACUCUGCUGGCGACACGGGCAGCCUUGGCCACAACACCGACGGUUUCGACAUUGGAACGAGCUCCAACGUAACCGUAAAUAACGCCAAGGUUUAUAACCAAGAUGACUGCGUUGCCGUCAACUCGGGAACUGACAUCACUUUCCAGAACGGGCUCUGCUCUGGCGGACACGGCUUGUCCAUUGGAUCCGUCGGCGGUCGCUCAAAUAACGUUGUCGACACUGUCACCUUCUAUAACAACGUCAUCCAGAACUCGGUCAACGGCCUCCGCGUCAAGGCCUCCGUCGGCGACACUGGUACCAUCAACAAGGUGACCUACAACAAGAUCACCCUCAAGAACAUCUCCAAGUACGGCGCCCUCAUCGAGCAGAACUACGAUGGCGGUGACUUGAAGGGUACGGCUGGCACUGGCAUUCCUAUCACCAACCUGGUCGUCGAGAACAUCACCGGUACUGGCGCCGUUUCGAGCUCCGGCUACGAUGUUGUCGUCACCUGUGGUAGCAGCACGUCUUGCACUGGCUGGACUUGGUCGAACGUCGCCAUCACUGGUGGUAAGACCUACGGCAGCUGCACCAACGUCCCCAGCGUUACCAAGUGCUCGUAG